AGGAUUUUUGCUCUGCUGUCUUCAAGAUCUCUACUUUUAUUCUUCACUUUAUUUAAUGCGUCGGUGGAUUCGUUCUACUUUUAUGUUAUAUCACUGAUUCACUGAACCCAAUGGCUUUAGCUGAUGGACUGUGCUAGCUACUGUGUGUUUUUAGGGUUUAUAUAUUCUUGAUGAUCUUUUUUACUGGUUUUUGCUUUUGGGUUUUGGGAAUUAUAACUUGUUGAAUGUUACACCACCUCAUGUUCAAUGCUCUUUGUCUAUGGUUUCUUCAGUUUAGCAACUUUCUAUUUUCAAACGCCAUCGUGCUCUGUUAAGGAUGGGAAAGACUCCUGGUAAAUGGAUCAAGACUUUGCUUCUCGGGAAGAAGUCUCCCAAGUCGAGUUUAGAGAACCGAAGCCAGAAACUGGGAUCUGCUAAGAAAGAAGAGCUGGUAGUAUCGGUGACAGAAGAUUUGUCAAACUUAACGGUUGAUCCACCAGUGGUUUCAUCACAACCAGUUCCGGCUUCUUCUGCUCAAAAUGUGGCAAACAAUGGCGAUGAGUCGAAGGAUAAUCUCGAGUCAGGGAAUGACUUGGGAGAAAUCGAGCUUGAACGAGCUGCAAUUAAGGUUCAAGCUACUUUCAGAGCUCAUCAGGCGCGUAGAGCAUUUCGGACCCUUAAAGGUAUCAUCAGGCUCCAGGCAUUUAUCCGUGGUCACCUGGUCAGAAGACAAGCCAUUGCAACAUAUUCGUGUAUAUUUGGAAUUGUGAAGUUUCAGGCUCUUGUUCGUGGCCAGAAAGCUAGAUCUUCAGAUAAUGGGAUUGUAUUUCAGAAAACACAUAUGGUAGCCGGUGAUUCGGAAGCUUUGCAAUCGAACACGUAUAGUUGGAUGGACAAUCCCACAAAGUUCGUCUUUGUUAAUCAGCUUCUAGCUUCUUCAGCAACUGCAUUGCCUCUGAAGAUCCAAUAUGGUCCUGAGGAACCUAACUCAGCCAAGGUUUGGCUUGUACGCUGGACACAAUUGCAAGUUUGGUCAUCUGGCUCACGAGUAGCUAGGGUUGAGAUUCCAAAAUCUCAGUCAAAGAAGCGAAAUUAUGAAGCUGUGGUUGAAGCAGAUAAGGCAAGGCCAAAGCGAGGUAUCAAGAAACCAUCUGGUCCAAAUAGUGGAACUGGUGCCAUCCGUUCUUCAGCUGAAAGUGAUAAACCUAAACGAAAUGUGAGGAAGGCUUCCACGCUUAGUAAAGAUGCCGUGAGAACUGAGAGUAACAAAGCUAAGCCCCAUUCUAGAAAAAGUAGAGGCGUCUCAAAGAAGGAGGUAUCUCCUUUGGAAAUUAAAGAUGAGAAGCCCAGUCCUAGUCUCAAAAGGUCUUCUCUUUCAAACGGGUCAAAGAAAGCCACCUUUAGAUCUGCUGAGAAGAAGAAGAAAGAUACUGCUGAUUCUGUGCAGAUUGAGCAUGAAGAGAAAGUUUCAGAGAAGGUUCUUGAAGGAGGAGACAAUAUUGAGUUGGCUGAAACGGAGAAAAGUACUCUAGAUUCUGUGCAGAUAGAGCCUGAAGGGAAGGUUCUUGAAGGAGGAGACAAUAUUGAGUUGGCUGAAACGGAGAAAAGUACUCUAGAUUCUGUGCAGAUAGAGCCUGAAGGGAAGGUUCUUGAAGGAGGAGACAAUAUUGAGUUGGCUGAAACGGAGAAAAGUACUCUAGAUUCUGUGCAGAUAGAGCCUGAAGGGAAGGUUCUUGAAGGAGGAGACAAUAUUGAGUUGGCUGAAACGGAGAAAAGUACUCUAGAUUCUGUGCAGAUAGAGCCUGAAGGGAAGGUUCUUGAAGGAGGAGACAAUAUUGAGUUGGCUGAAACGGAGAAAAGUACUCUAGAUUCUGUGCAGAUAGAGCCUGAAGGGAAGGUUCUUGAAGGAGGAGACAAUAUUGAGUUGGCUGAAACGGAGAAAAGUACUCUAGAUUCUGUGCAGAUAGAGCCUGAAGGGAAGGUUCUUGAAGGAGGAGACAAUAUUGAGUUGGCUGAAACGGAGAAAAGUACUCUAGAUUCUGUGCAGAUAGAGCCUGAAGGGAAGGUUCUUGUAGGAGGAGAUAAUAUUGUGUUGACUGAAAAGGAGAAAGAUAACACUGAUGCAGUUCCGGUGGAGCUUGAUGUUGUACAAGAUGAGAACUCACCGGUUUUGGAUAAACUGGAGGAAGAUGAACCCAAAACUGCAGAGACCAAUGAUAAAGGUGAUGACCUCAAAUGUUCAGAGGUUGAGAUAAGCUCUGAGAACAGUAAUGUUUGUUCUGAUAACACAAAGCCUACUGAAAGAAGAGCAUUGCUGCCUGCAAAAAUUGACAAUCAAGAUCACGGACUUACGCAUAGCGGACGAAAAAUCCCUAGCUACAUGGCCCCAACUGCAUCUGCAAAAGCCAGAGUCAAAGGAGAAAGCUCUCCGAGGUUUUCCCUUGAGAAGACUGAGAUAAAUGGGUCAGUGCGACGCCAUUCACUGUCAUCUCCAGCCAAUGGUCAGCUGAGUACUACUACCAUGUCUCCAAGGGCUCACAAACUUCUCCUAGCCUCAGCCAAAGGAUCUAUGAAUGGUGACAAAUCUCUUACUUCUUCCAAGGACAUAACUCACAAGUCAACAAGAAGUGACUGGAAACGGUGAAGGCUCAGGCAAAAGAGAGUGUCAUCUCAUCAUCUUACAUGGUCGAAUUCAAUUACUUAGUGUGUUUCCUCUGCUUUUUGGUUUGGUUUGGUGAGUUUAGAGUGUGGUCAGUGUUCAUGUUAAUAACAUCCUUUUCAUAUAUGUUGCUUCAGUUUACUCUGAUAUGUUUGAAGACACAAAAAGGUUUGAGUAAAUAGUUUCAUCUUUGUAUACAUCUAUUCAUUCA